UGCUUGGAGUUGUUCAGGUCGUUUGUGCCACCCUUGCUGCCUUCUACUAUUAAAAAAAAGGAGAAAUGUCCCCAGAUGUGUCUCUGUCCUCAGCACCUUCUCUCCUUCUCUGCCAGGAGCAGGGUUUCCAGGUUCCAGACCAGAAAUGAUCUCUCAGUUAGAGAGAGGAGGUGUGUCCUGGAUGCCAGAGCAGGAGUUCCCCCGAGGGCGAGACUCGAGGUGCAGUGGAGAGGCAGAAGAGUGGUUGGGGGCUGCCGAGGGGGCUGCCUCAGCCCGAUGCCUCGGGCUCCUUUGCUUGCAGCCAGACGGUCGAGGCCCUUACUUCGGUCAGUUGCGUGGAGCCCCCGACCCAGAGCCUGGACACACAGCUGGUGUGAUUCCUGCAGAUUCCCUUACUGUGAAGACUAGAUGUGAAAACAUGGACUCGUCUCCCACACAAGGCUUUUGUUUGGCACUGGUGUCUGAGGAAAGGCUAGCAAGAGAUGGUUCCUGGGAUUCCGAAAUGGGAAAAGCUUGGGAAUGUGAGGUCAGGGCAGAGAGACAGAAGAGCAACCGAGGAAAACGACUAGGACAACCGGUGGUUGCUCGCAGCAACAGUGCUUAUGAGGAAAACGUUUGUGGAAGUAAUCCCUGCGAGAGCCGUUUCAGGUUGGGGUCAGUCCUCCUGACCCAGAAGAGAGUUCCUACAGGAAGACAUCUCCACAAAUACGAUACACUUGGAAAGCGUUUCCAUCAGUUUCCUACCAUAAUUAAAAAUACUAAACUAUUCUUUGGGAAGAAGAUUUACAAGUAUGAUAAGUGCUGGAAGCCCUUCAUUUACCAUUCAGAUCUAAUUCACUAUCAUAUACUCUAUGCUAGAGGUGAAUCGUAUGAAUGUAAUGUGUGUGGAAAAGCCUUCAGCCAAAAAAGAUACCUUACUGUACACAAGAGAAUUCAUACGGGACAGAAGCCUUAUACAUGUAAUGAAUGUGGGAAAGCCUUCAUCCAGUUGGGACACUUUAAUGAACAUAAAAGUAUUCAUACUGGACAGAAGCCCUAUGAAUGUAAUGAAUGUGGGAAGUCCUUUACUCAAAGGAGAUACCUUAUUCUACACCAGAGAAUUCACACUGGACAGAAGCCUUAUACAUGUAAUGAAUGUGGAAAAGCCUUCAGCCAGAGGGGACACCUUGAUCAACAUAGAACUAUACAUACAAGAGAGAAACCCUUUGAAUGUAAAGAAUGUGGGAAGUCCUUCACUCAGAGGGGAAGUCUAAUUGCCCAUCAGAGAAUACAUACUGGAGAGAAACCCUUUGAAUGCAAUGAAUGUGGGAAAGCAUUCAGCCACAGGAAAUCCCUUUUUCAUCACCAGAGAAUUCAUACUGGUGAGAAACCUUUUGGUUGUAAAGAAUGUGGGAAAUCUUUCAGCCAAAGGGGCAGCCUUACUGAACAUCAGAAAAUUCAUACUGAAGAGCAACCCUUUGUUUGUGAUGAAUGUGGGAAAUCCUUUAGGCAAAGAGGAAGCCUUACUGUGCAUCAGAAAAUUCAUCCUGGAGAGAAAUCUUUUGAGUGUAAUAAAUGUGGGAAAUCGUUUGUCUGGAAGGCAAGCCUUAAUAAACAUAAAAGAAUUCAUACUGGAGAGAAACCUUUUGAGUGCCAUGAAUGUGGGAAAUUCUUCAUCUGGAAGGCAAGACUUGCUGAACAUCAGAGAAUUCAUGCUGCAGAGAAACCCUAUGAAUGUUGUGAGUGUGGGAAAUCCUUUAGCCAGAGGGGAAGUCUUACUGAACAUGAAAGAAUUCAUGCUGGAGAGAAACCCUUUGAAUGUAGCGAAUGUGAGAAAGCCUUCAGCCACAGAACAUCAUUUUAUUAUCAUCAGAAGAGUCAUACUGGUGAGAAACCCUUUGGAUGCAAUGAAUGUGGGAAAUCCUUUAGCCGAAGGGGAAACUUCAUUAAACAUCAGAGAACUCAUACUGCAGAGAAACCCUAUGAGUGUAAUGAAUGUGGCAGAUCAUUCAGCCACAGCGGCAGCCUUACCGACCAUCUGAGACUUCAUUCAGGAGAGAAACCCUUUAGAUGCAAUGAAUGUGGGAGGGCCUUUAGCCGAUGGACAUCUCUUUAUCAUCAUCAGGUAAUUCAUAGUGGUAAGAAACCCUUUGGGUGUAAUGAAUGUGGUAAGUCUUUCAGCCAGAGGGAAAGCCUUACUAUACAUCAAAGAACUCAUACUGGAGAGAAACCAUUUGAAUGUAUAGAAUGUGGAAAAUCCUUCAGCCAGAGAGGUCAUCUUACUAAACAUCAGAAAACUCAUGCUCUUGAGAAGGCAUUGGACUGCAGUGAAUUUAGGAAAACCUUCAGCAACAAUUCUCAUGUUACUGCACCUUAGAAAAUACAUACUUUGGUGAUACCCUAUGAGCAUAAUGGGUCAGGGAAAGUCUUCUGCCAGAGCAGACACCAUAAUGCACAUAAAAAAUCAUAUUGGGGGCAGCUAGGUGGUGCAAUGAAUAGAGCUCUGGCCUUGGGGUCAGGAGGACCGGAGUUCAAAUCCAGCC